UUCGUUCUCAAAUCUCUUUCUUCUCUUCUCAUAUCUAUCUAUCUACUAUCUCCCCGCUUUCUUAAUUUAAUUUGUUAAGAGAGGUCGCCCAUGGGUGUGUGUUUCUCAGCCAUUAGAGUCACUGGUGCUAGCAGCAGCAGCAGCAGAAGAAGUAGUCAGACCACCACCAAUCAUAACCACCACCGUCGUAAUAAUAAAGGCCGCAACAAUAAUAAUAAUAAGUCGUCUGCUGCUCCUCCUCCUCCUCCUCCUAAUCAUCCCAAGAUCAAUAUGGAUGCCAAGCGCAGAAGCGCCUCCGUCCCCUGCGGCAAGCGUACUGAUUUUGGUUACGCCAAAGAUUUCCACGAUCUCUACACCAUCGGCAAGCUCCUCGGCCAUGGUCAAUUCGGAUACACCUACGUUGCCAUCGACAAGUCCAAUGGAGAUCGCCUCGCCGUCAAGAGACUCGAUAAGAGUAAGCACAUGCAUGGGUUAGAGAAGGGGGCAAUGCCACUGAUAUCCCUGUUGACAUUUCAGUUCUGAACAACUUACGCCAGUUUGUUAGAUACAGCCGUCUAAAGCAAUUUGCGUUAAGAGCUCUGGCUAGCACUCUUGACGAGGCAGAGAUUUCUGACCUCAGAGAUCAAUUUGAUGCGAUUGAUGUAGAUAGAAAUGGUGUCAUAAGUCUUGAGGAGAUGAGACAGGCACUUGCCAAAGAUCUUCCAUGGAAACUGAAGGAUUCGCGAGUUGCUGAGAUCCUUCAAGCGAUUGAUAGCAACACAGAUGGGUUAGUGGACUUCACAGAGUUUGUAGCAGCAGCUCUACAUGUCCAUCAACUGGAAGAACAUGAUUCAGAGAAGUGGCAGCAAAGAUCAAGAGCAGCUUUUGAGAAAUUCGACAUUGACAAGGACGGUUACAUAACGCCUGAGGAACUUCGAAUGCACACGGGGUUAAAAGGGUCAAUAGAUCCACUGCUGGAUGAAGCAGACAUUGAUAGAGAUGGGAAAAUAAGCCUGCAUGAGUUCAGGAGACUUCUAAGAACAGCAAGCAUAAGUUCACAGAGAAUAUCAAGCCCUUCAGGCCACAGGAAUCCUCGGUAGUGCAAAAGUGUGUAUACUAGAAGAAGAGGAGUAAGGGGACAAAGUAAUUUGUCCAAUCUUAUAUGUAAUGGUGGUUGUAAGAUAAGUCGGACUUUUUUUUGGCGUUGUAGUGUUGUUAUAUAAGUACGUUGGUUCUUCUAUAAAGCAACGAAACAAAAGAGACAGUGCGAGUGAGUAGAUUGUAGCAUUGGGUGAGAGAAGCUGUUCUUUUGGGUUCGGCCACGUGACAUUCCUAGUGGGCCAAAUCGCCCAAUUCUAAUGGGUUGGCACCAGAGAGCCAGCUGUAAUUUGAUUCUCCCAUAAGUUUUGUCUGUUUGCAUA